AUGCUUGCUGAACCAUCUGGUGAAUUCGAUAACUUCGUGAGGAUGUCAAACAGCGAUUUUGAGUUUUUGAUACAAAAAGUAUCACCUGUAGUUGCAAAACAGGAUACAGAUUGGCGGGAAGCAAUACCUGUAAAAAUUCGUCUCGCAUUGACACUAAGAUACCUAGCUACUGGCGAUAGCUUUCGUAGUUUACACUACCUAUUCAAAAUUUCAAGCCAACUUAUUUCAAGAAUUGUUCCUGAAGUAUGUCUAGCCCUCAAUGAAGCUUUGAAAGAUUUUGUUAAGAUCCCCACAACAACUGAAGAAUGGCUUUCCAAAGCUGAACGAUUCAAGUUCCCUCAUUGCCUUGGUGCUAUGGAUGGCAAACAUGUGACAAUACAGCAACCUCCUCAUAGCGGAACUGAAUAUUACAAUUAUAAACGUACUUUUAGCAUUGUCCUCUUAGCUAUAGUAGAUUAUGAUUACUGUUUCAUGUUUGCUGAAAUAGGCGCUCAAGGGCGUAUACUCGUAAGUGACGGUGGCGUUUUUAAUCAAAGUAGUAUAUCAAAAAAAAAAUCGGAAAAUAGCAUCAAUUUGCCGCCUCCUAGUUCACUACCAGGAUGUGAUAUUGAUUUACCCUAUGUAUUUUUAUGCGAUGGAGCAUUUAGUUUAACUAAAAAUCUUAUGAAACCUUUUCCUGGCCGUCACCAGUUGAAUUCUCCAGAAAGGGUUUUUAAUCAAAAACUCUCUCAGUCACGUGUAGUUGUUGAAAACACAUUUGGAGUUCUUUCUAACAAAUUUAGAGUUUUUAAAACAGCUAUGCCUUUUCAUCCUGUUAAAUGUUCAAUUAUUACGAUGACUUGUGUUCUAUUACAUAACUUUUUACGGAAAAGCCGAACAUCUCGCCCCUUAUACGCACCUCCAGGUACAUUUGAUACCUAUAAUGACAGUGGAGAAUUGAUACGCGCUGGUAAUUGGAGGAAUUGUAGUAAUACAAGUUUUCUUCCCUUACAAAAUCAACCCCGUAGAUCAACUAAUGAUGCAAUUCAAAUAAGACAAGCUUUUAUGCACUAUUUUUAUAAUAAUAUAGAAUAAUAAACUAAAUAUGAAAUUAAAUAAUAAGUUUCAUUUACUUACUCCGCC